GCUGACGGUGACAUCAUGGAGUGAUUCGAUCGGACUUCGUAGCAGAUACUAAAAUGGACGCCGAGGCAGCGUUGUUGGAAAACUCGCCGACUUUGUCGACGAUAUCGUCGGAUUCUACGGAUGCGACAUACUCGGGACCCGGCUCGCCCUAUUCCCCGGAAUCGCCGAUCAUCGUCACGUCUUCCUAUAAAAAAAUACGUGACGAUGAAGUCACGCCCAGACCAACGCCCAGAUAUCCACUGCCAUCCAGGAAGCCGAGCUUCCGGAUACGACCGCCCUACCUUAUGAUCUGUAUCAGCAUCAUCGAGAUAACCGUCCACUGCCUGGGAGACGAAGCGACGUUACGGAGAUGGCUGGUCUACGAUCCACGUCAGAGGGUGCAGGGCUGGAGGUUCGCUUCCUACAUGCUGCUGCACUCGAACGCACUUCACCUCGCACUCAACGUGGUCAUUCAGCUGGUCCUGGCUACUCCACUCGAGGUGGAGCAAGGACGAAUAGGGGUGGCAACUAUCUAUCUGGGCGGCGGAGUCUGUGGUGCUCUAGGAGCGUCGCUUCUGCAACCAAGUCUUUAUCUGGUUGGCGCUUCGGCAGGUAUUUACGCGCUGCUCACGAGCCAUCUUGCUCAUCUCUACCUGUGUCACGGCGAACUGCGCUACGCCGGCUGGCGACUCGGAGCCGUUUUGCUGCUGGCCGGUGCGGAUAUCGCAUCGCUGCCCAUUCCUGCGUUGCUUGGAUGCGGCCGGGUCGGUUGGGCGGCACAUGUCGCGGGCGCGCUAGCGGGUCCACUUCUGGGUCUAGCCGUGUUCCCUAAUCAGAGCAAGAAAGACGCCCGGGGCCGUAGAUUUGUGCGAUACGUGCGGCUGCUGUCGGCCGUGAGCGUGAUGCUGCUGAUCGUUGGUGCCAUUCUCGGUAAUGUCUACUUGAUCGCCCUACCACAGCUCAGGAAGCCAUCCUGACAAAGGAUCGAGAUGCUCGUCAAGCUCUGCAGACAGUCCUUCCUGAUUGUGAAGAUCCGGGAGGCCGCCGAGAGCGUGUUCGAGUAGGCCCAUGCAAACUCGCGGGAUCCGUGCGAUCGAUCGCGUAACUGCCAAUGGACUUUUCUCCCCACUUCUCAUCCCUCAGAUCUCACGUGAAACUCGUGCAAUCCAGUCGUUUAUUAGACAAAAAGCAUUGCACCGAAACGAUAUACGAUCAAAACUUUAGGCAAUUGUGCAAAAGAAUUUCACGUUUCACUGCAGAGGAAAAUUAUGUGAUCAGCACACUGAGCCACUUGUGAAGGAACUCGAGUGAGCUUUACGCUCAGUGAAUUAGUAGGAAGAAACGCCAAACACCGAUGGCUCACUGAACUUGCCACUUGCUGCCAUUAGAAUCCUCUAGGAUCUCGAGAACUCAUUGCACAGAGUAUGCAGUAUAAAAUCAUAGAAGGAAGGUGACUCUUCGUCUGAUACUUCGAUAAAUUUGAUAUUAUACGAAUAUUGGUGAACGUCAUGACUUUUUCUACGGACAGGUAAGACGUUUAAAACUGCCGAUUACAACCCUGCCGAUAGGAUUGGGUCGUAUAUUUAGUAACACGAUUCUCAAUGAUUUCCCGUUAUAUCAGUCUCGGUAUAUAAGCGAACAAGAUAAACUAUGAAAGUGUGAAAUGUGUGUGUGUAUAAUAAAAAUGAGAAAAUUUUCUCCUAUAACAAUGUAUGAGGCUGAAGCGAAUAUACAUUGACAGUGCAUGUAAGUUUAUCCUGCAAUGGCAAACGAUUAUUGUAGAGAUUGUGAAAAGUAAUUUAUUUAAAUAAAUACAAGAAGCGCUAUUGUUAUGAUUCGCGUAAAAACCGCGAUCUCGAGUUAAAGCUAAUACGUCGCAAUGUUGAGGAGACAAUGGGAUAUCUUCAUUCUUUCUAUUAUUCAUAUUUAGCGUGUACGAGAUGUAUAAGCAGAUGUAUAAAAUAAAGCGAUCAUAUUACUUACAUAAACGUGUUAUGAUAUAACAAAAAUUUUAUUAAUGGCAAAUUAAAUGUAUUAAUCGUUAAUAAAGCAAAUUUUUAACGACGUGCAACUGAUCUCGAGCUGCGAAACUAUAAACUCUUCGUACAAACUAAUUCGCUGUUGUAGAAGUAACAUUGUAAUCCCGAAUUAUCUUUUGACGUUAUCAACUAAUUGUAG